UCAGGUAUGCAGAUAUUCUGCACAUGAUGGAAAAAGGCAUCAACCCUGCUCACGAAGACAGGCUUCUUGCCUGGUAUCCGCCUGACAACCAGAUCCAUCUUGAUUGGCCGACAGUUAUAUGUGAUAAGUUCGGUAUCAUUGUCUUCUGGUAUCUUCCUGGCGCAAUUGAUCUCGCCAUACAGAAUGACAUGGUGGCGGCUACUGCCAUGAUGUCAGUUUCACUGGCUAGAAGUGUGACUAGCAGUGCCGCCACAAAUGAUAAAUGGAGGACCCAUUCUUCAAACUUUUAUCCUAGUGAAAGUGGCAGCACUCCGGGGUGUAUCAAUCUGUCCCCAGCAUGGUUUUUUCAAGGUCACCCAGCACCAAAAUUUUAUCCACAUGUCUCAGCAACUCUUGAAGAGUAUGGACAGUCUUUCUGUCAGACAAUGCAGAGACUGGUGGCGCUCAUCGCCGCUGCCUUGAGAGUGAUGCACCCUAACCUCUAUUGGUCAUCAUUGGUAAUGAAACUAGCCUUGGGUCUCUGGGCAGCUGAUAAGAAAUUAGACAAAAUAGGAGAUCGUCUCAGAGAGUGA